UUGUGAUGACACAAACAUUAAUAUAGGGAGUUUUGCAGCAGUCAUAAUCCAGCAAAUAAAAUAAUCGUGGACGCGUUAAAUACCACAAAGUGGUCACGCAGACAACCCCAGAAAAAAAAGAGGAUCGCGUAAGGAUAUUUUACUUUUAUUUUGAAAACGCAAGAACCAGGAAGGAAGUGUUUUUGUGACUGACAAGAUAGUCCAUAAACACAACAGGAGGAGCAGUCCUAAUACGUAGAUAGGAGGACGCACAGCUACAUCCAACAGUUUCCUCCCGUCGUCUUCCAUUGGACUGUGACGUCAGAGCAUCACUGUGCAGUUCACACGCCCCCUCUCACUGUCACUGAGUCCUGGGAUGAGUCACUGAGGGAGUCAUAGGGAUCUAUACUAUCACCAUCGUCCUAAUUACACGUUGUUCCAGACUUGCUAUUGGUAGAGCCCCAGUCAACAUUUGAACAUGCCAACGGAGUGAAGCCCCCUCUCAAAAACAACUUUCAUCCGUGGGCUCUUAAACCAAACUGGGCAAGCAAAGCAGGUGUUUGAACCACUUCCACAAUGGGCCAUCCUCCAAUUUAUAUGAUACUCUUCGCAAUCUUUUAUCACAGUCAUGGCCUGGAAACAAACCUACUUUACAGGUCCAAAAGGAUUCAGGAAAGUGCCGGAUCAGAUCCCAGUGCCUGUUUUUCAAGGACAGAUCAACCACAAGUCUUAACAAACACUCCCAACUUUUCUAUGGAUCUUCGGAUGCCCGGCGUCAUCCCAGCUGAGUCGGACACUUACCUAUGCAUGGCAUUUCGUGUGCCAAUUAGUCAAGCUGCAUAUGUAGUGGAUUUCAUGCCUCAGGCUACUAUGAACACGGUCCAUCACAUGCUGUUAUUUGGCUGCAAGACCCCCGUCUCCACCACCAACUACUGGGACUGUGGCAGUGCACGGGGCACUUGUGACGACGGAGGCUCCAUUUUAUAUGCCUGGGCUCGCAACGCACCCCGUACCAAACUACCAAAAGAUGUUGGAUUUAAAGUUGGAAGAAAUUCAGGAGUGUCUUACUUUGUGCUACAAAUCCAUUAUGGGGAUAUCAGCGCUUUCCAAGAUCAUCACAAGGAUUGUUCGGGACUCACCUUAAGAAUGACAACCAAACCGCAGCCGUUUAUUGCUGGUAUUUUUCUGCUCAUGUCUAAGGACGCUGUUAUCCUCCCAGGAAAAACAGUUACGAAUGCGGACGUGGCCUGUGAUUACGCUUCAUAUCCCAUCUACCCGUUUGCCUUCAGGACCCACACACAUGGCCUUGGAAAAGUUGUUAGUGGCUACAGGCUUCGAAAUGGAGAAUGGAGCCUGAUAGGGAGACAGUCCCCACAACUACCACAGGCUUUCUAUCCGUCAAAUCGUGACGUGGAUGUGAAGUAUGGUGAUAUUCUUGCAGCCAGAUGUAUGUUCACUGGUGAAGGCAGAAGCGAAAAAACAUAUAUUGGGGGCACCUCUGAUGAUGAAAUGUGCAACUUCUAUAUCAUGUACUACAUGGACAGCAAACAUGCCAUUCCCUACAUGAGCUGCAUGGAGACCGGCCGUGCCAAACUAUUUCAGCACAUUCCAGCUGAAGCUAAUAUCCCCAUCGCUGUCAGCCCAGAUCACAUGAACUCCAUGAUGCACAUGGAAGGACACUCAGGCACAUCUGGUCACAAAGAUAGCACAUCGACGCCAGAUUCAACCAGUGAAGAGCAGCUUCUCAAUCAGGGUGACCUAUUUUCUCUAAUGUCCAAGCUGCUAGGCCAGAGCAAGGAUGUAGUACACAUUCCUAAGUACAAUCCCAGCGAAAUACAAAGUGUCCAACCUGAGUUUGUUGCUCAGAUUCAUAGCUUAAUACAGAAGAAAAACCUGGGCUCUCCCAGUGCUUCGCUAGUCUUCCAAACCAGCAGGGACCCUAUUUUCACGAGGAACAGAGUGCAUAAAUUCCAUCAGCUUGAGGCCACUCCAAAGAUACCAAAAAGCAAGCUGCCAUCUCAAAGACAAGAUGUUCAUCUAGAGCAGAAUCCAGUAUGGCCACAAAGUGAUCUCCAGCUGGGACAGGUGUCAGGACUUGCCAUUGAUUCAGAUUCCAAUUUGGUCAUUUUUCACAGAGGUGACCACCACUGGGGGCCACAUUCUUUUGACAGCCAAGCUACAUACCAGCAGAGGUUAUCUGGCCCCAUUCAACAGUCUACUAUUCUGGUUGUGAACAGUGACAAUGGCAACAUCCUCAAGGCUUCUGGGAGAAAUAUGUUUUACUUACCCCAUGGAAUAACAACAGACAAGGACAAUAACUAUUGGGUAACUGAUGUGGCUCUUCAUCAGGUUUUAAAAGUGAGCAGUGAUGGCAGCGAUCAAACUUUGCUGUCCCUGGGAGAGGCUUUCACGGCAGGAAGUGACCAUAACCAUUUCUGUCAGCCCACUGACGUGGCUGUCGACUACGAAAGUGGGAACAUUUUUGUGUCCGACGGCUACUGUAAUGCUAGGAUACUGAAGUUCUCCGCUGAUGGCAAAUACCUCUCUGAGUGGGGAGCUGGCUCAUCAGACAGGAGGAGGCAUAUACCAUUUCGGAUCCCCCACAGCCUGGCAUUUCUCCCCAAGAACAAGGAAGUGUGUGUGGCUGACCGGGAGAAUGGACGCAUCCAGUGUUUCACAGCUCAAACUGGGGAGUUUGUCAAGGAAAUAAAGAAAGAGGAGUUUGGUGGCAGCGUUUUUGCUAUCACCUUCCUCCCUGUUGGAGGUGAAGAUGGCCUUAUCUUUGCAGUGAAUGGGCUGUCUACGUAUGGACGCUCCACUCCUCUGAGUGGUUUUGCAAUAAACUAUUCAACCAAGGAUAUUGUGGAUACCUUCAUACCAAAGAAAGGGGAUUUUAAAAUGCCGCAUGAUAUUGCUGUAACCAAAAAUGGCAGCAUCUUUGUGGGAGACGCAGGCAGUAACACAGUCUUCAAAUUUACCGCUGAGAAGGCACAUCGCUCAGUAAAGAAAGCUGGAAUUGAAGUUCUUGAAGAAAUUGAGACCUUUAUCCAAACCAAAGUGAAGCCAGAGCUGAACGUGUCAAAGACAGCAACAGUCCAACAGAAGCCAAAAACAGCUCAACACCUUCAGCCACUGAAUGAUGAGAAGACCACGAUUGUUUCAAAGACAAACAAAGAGCAAGGUCUCCAGCCAGUGUUCAUCACCGUACUCCUACUCGUUCCUCUUAUGCUGGUCACCGCCAUCGGAGUCUUUUUCUGCUGGAGAAAGAACAACCGACAUGAGGACAUGAAGAUGGAACCCAGCGCUGCUGGAGGGAUCUUUGAAAAAAUCAGAGGCAAGGCAGUUGGCAGCCUGAACCUGGGGAACUUCUUUGCCUCUCACAAGGGUUACAGUCGUCAGCGCUUUGACCAGCUGAGCACUGAAGAAAGUGACCAGGACAGGAACGAACAGGAGAGCAGCGAGUCAGAGAACGAGGAAUACUCCGCUGUGCCACCGCUGCCUCGGUCCUCUUAAUGGAGCCGAUCAGCAGCUGCUUACGUUGCCAGGGUGUUUGUCAUUUAUCAUUGUGUUACUGUUGUGUUAGCUGCCAAUCUUAUUGUUGGUAUAUUUAAGAAUCAACUCUAUUGUACAUAAAAUGCGUUUGCUGUUAUUAAGUCCAUUUAUUUAACCGUGGAUUCAUUUGCCCAUGGUCUUAUUAAUAUGACCUGAUCUCUCAAGUUGAAAAAGAUGAAUGUUUACGGACGCAUUGUUUGUUGAUUUAAGAUUUCUUUUUUUUGUCAUUUUCGAUUUCUCAAUUCAUAGGUGGUAAAAAUUCUUAUCUGACACUUGAAGGGCAAUUUUGAUGGGCAGUGGAAUUUGUUCAUACAAACAUGUUUUAUGGUCGUUAUGUCAUAGCAGUUUUAUCUUCAUUGGACAAGAUAUCGUUUAGGAAGCCUCUCAGCUCAAUUUUUUUUUUUUUUUUUUUUUAUCAAACUUUUUUUCUGCUUAGUUGCCUCGACAUUUUCUUGCAUCGUCUAGUAACAUUUUAUUUGACACUUAAGUUAAAAGUGUUUUAUUGAGAUUUGGACUCAGAAUUUCAGGGAUAUUGUGAAGGAUGGAUGAAUAUUUUGAGCAGCCCUAAUGUAAGUGCAUUUUUCCAUGUAGCAAAAUGACACACACAAUGAUAUCACUUCUGCAUCCAUCUUUGGUCCAUGUAUCACUCACUCAUGUUACUCCUAUUCACACUAAAAUUGCUAUUAUGUGCCUUUGUAUAGUUUUUUGUUUGUUUUGUUGUUGCCUUUUUUUCAUCAUUUGCCAUUAAAAUUGUAGUCUGAGGGAAAAUUGCUGCUAAUAUUGCUUGUACUUUACUGAAUUUUUUUUUCUUCACCCUCAGUGGAAAACUACAUAUAAGUCAUAUUUUGGUAUCGGGAAAUGUAAAUGUUGAAUUUAAUUAAUUGUACUGCCAAGUUUCAGCCAGUAUAUUAAAGGGGAACAUUAUCACAAUUUCAGAAGGGUUAAAACCAGUAAAAAUCAGUUCCCAGUGGCUUAUUUUAUUUUUCGAAGUUUUUUUCAAACUUUUACCCAUCACGCAAUAUCCCUAAAAAAAGCUUCAAAGUGCCGGAUUUUAACCAUCGUUAUAUACACCCGUCCAUUUUCCUGUGACGUCACACAGUGAUGCCAAUACAAACAAACAUGGCGGAAAUAACAGCAAGGUAUAGCGACAUUAGCUCGGAUUCAGACUCGGAUUUCAGCGGCUUAACACUGUCUGAUAAGAUAAUUACUAACAACUAUGAACUAGGUUUACAGCAUAUGAAAUACAUUUGGCAACAACAUGCACUUUGAGAGUGCAGACAGCCCAUUUCAGGCGCGCUAAGAACAUAUAUUUUUCCACGAUUUCAGCACUCAGGUUAACCAUACCUAAAUACUCGAAUGAUUGAAAAAAAUUAAUGUUUUUAAGCUAAAUUAUUGGUAAACACAGUUUAUGUAUAAUAAUUUACGUAAAACCGCGAGUAAUGAGUAAAGUUUUCAUCAAUUAAUAUAUUCUGUAGACAUACCCUCAUCCGCUCUCUUUUCCUGAAAGCUGAUCUGUCCAGUUUUGGAGUUGAUGUUGUCAGCAGGCCAGGGAAGCUAGGGUCGAUAUUCUUCUCUUGAUCAUCUUCGGUGGCAUAAGGGACGGUGUGAGCCAAGACAUCCAGGGGGUUUAGCUCGCUCGUCUGCGGGAACAAACUGCCGGCAUUGCUUGCCGUGCUACCGAGGUCCUUUGUCCCUGAAUUGCUCACACACUCCGGCAGGCAGAUUCAAUGGGGGUCUGGCGGCAGAUUUCUUUGACUUUAUCGUUGGAAAUGCAUCUGCUUCGAGUGUCGCAGGAUAUCCACACAUUCUUGCCAUCUCUGUCGUAGCAUAGCUUUCGUCGGUAAAGUGUGCGGAACAAACGACUGACCAUUUCGUCGGCUUUCCCCACGCCCUCGUAUUUUGAACAAAUUUCGUCCAAUUUCUUGCCACUUUGGCAUCUUUGGGCCACUGGUGCAACUUGAAUCCGUCCCUGUUCGUGUUGUUACACCCUCCGACAACACACCGACGAAAGUGAGAAAAUGGCGGAUUGCUUCUCCGAGAGCGAAUAAUAGAAAGGCGUUUAAUUCGCCAAAAUUCACCCAUUUAGAGUUCGGAAAUCGGUUAAAAAAAUAUAUGGUCUUUUUUCUGCAACAUCAAGGUAUAUAUUGAUGCUUACAUAGGUCUGGUGAUAAUGUUCCCCUUUAAGGAAUACGAUGUGUCCUCUGCUCCAAUACUGCUUUGGUAUUCAUUUAGGUUUUACAUAUAUAAAGACAAAUCUAUAUUUCUGAACUGAUCUUGGAUAUUAUACAAUUAAUACAUAUGUUGUUUUUAUAACAACACAAUAAUAUGUACAUUGAGAGACAUACUGUGCCAUGUGCAAUUCAUUAAGAAUGAAUGGAAAAUGUAAUACAACUUAUCAGAAUAAUCUAAGAAUGUUGAAAUAGUUACUAAAACACAAAGCACAGGUAUGAAGUUCAAUAUACAUGGAAAAGAAGAAGGUGGUUUCCAAAGUGUUCACUCUUUCAUUUCCCGGUCUCAUAUUCCGUCCAUGCUUCUCAAAAACAUUUGUGUCAUUUGCUUCAUUUGUCACAGGAAUGGAAAAUGUACAAAGAGCAUGCCAUAGAAAUAGAAAUGUUGCAUUAACGCGUGGACUGAUAUUUGUCGUACAAACACUGGUUUUGCUGCAAAGGUACUAUUUUAGUAACGAUGUUAUUUGUGUAAUAAAGUGUCUGCAAAUCA